AUGUCUGACGGUGCAAAGGGGGCUGGUGGCCCAUCCAUCCCCAUCACGGUCGAGUUCACUGGCGGACUUGAGUUACUCUUUGGCAAUGAGCGAAAGCACAAGGUCUCAAUAUCCGCCUGCAUGGAUGACGGCAGCCCGACCAAUCUCGCAUAUCUGCUUCCCUACCUGGUCGAUAAUCUCAUGCAGGACCAACGGAAGGAGAUGUUCAUCAUGGAGGAUAAUGUGCGGCCAGGUAUCCUUGUCCUGAUCAACGACGCGGAUUGGGAACUCGAGGGCGAGGAGAAAUACGAACUUCAACCGGGAGAUAACAUUGUAUUUGUCUCGACGCUGCAUGGAGGCUAA